CGGCCGCUGCAUUCCCACGCCCACCAGCUACCGCUGCGAAUGCAACAUGGGAUACCGGCAGGACGUGCGCGGGGAGUGCAUCGAUGUGGAUGAGUGCGUCAGUAACCCGUGUGUGAAUGGAGGACUGUGUCAACACACAGGGAUCGUACCACUGCAAAUGUCACGAGGGAUAUCAGGGAACUCCCACCAAACAGGCCUGCAUCGACAUCGACGAGUGUAUCGUGAACGGCGUUAUGUGUCGUAACGGACGCUGCGUGAACACAGAUGGAAGUUUCCAGUGCAUCUGUAAUGCUGGCUUUGAGAUCAGUCCUGACGGGAAGAACUGUGUCGAUCAUGAUGAAUGUGCAUCCACCAACAUGUGUCUCAACGGCAUGUGCAUAAAUGAAGACGGGAGCUUCAAGUGUAUCUGCAAACCUGGAUUUGCAUUGGCUCCCAAUGGACGCUACUGCACUG